AUGACCACAACAAGCGAGGUCUCUGACGCGCGCAAGUGGGCGCAGGUCCGGCGGAAGUGCUAUGACAACGGCCGCGCGCUGGUCAAGGCCGGCUCCGUUCCGUUCCUCAUCCAGUCCCUCGUCUCCGAUUACGGCGGUGUGGAGCAAACAUUUUUGGAGGAUUUUCUCCUCACCUAUCGCACAUUCCUCACACCGCACGCACUGUUGCUGUUGCUCAUACUCCGCUACUGGGUGCCGCUGGGCGACAAGGACGACAAGCGAGAGGAGCGCGAAAAGAAACAGCGAAUCCCCAUUCAAAUCAAGACCGUGCGCGUACUGCGGAUGUGGAUCGAGCAGGUGCCGACCGACUUCACCGACGAUGAUGUGCUCACAGCCAACGCGACCAGUUUCCUGACGGGCAUCGAGACGUUCAAGGUGGCGUCGGGCGAGAUUCUCAACAUGCUCAGGGAGAAGCGCAACCCAGGCGCGACGCAUCACGAAGACGACACACAUGUACAGCCGAUGCUGACCUCCCGAGGCCAGAGCGACGGGCCAGAGCGGGGCCAGGUGGUUAAUUUUGAAGGUGCUGACGAUUCGAACGAAGACGGCGACAGCGACGGUGGGCUGGCCGACGGCCAAAAGCCCAAGCCCGCCGGUAAGUCGGACCGAUCGUUCCUCGCAUUCGAUGCCGCAGAUGUGGCCUUCGAGUGGACGCUUUCCGCACAACGCUUCUACAGAGCCGUCACACCGCGGGAGUUCAUCAAGCAAGCAUGGAACAAGAAGGCGAAGCUGGAGCUCGCGCCCAACGUGUCGGCGCUGAUUGAGGAUUUCAAUCAGAUGUCGGAAUGGGUGUCGCUGGUGGUGCUCUCCUACAGAGACAGGAAGCGCAGGGGGGAGGCCAUCUCCCGGUUUAUCAACAUCGCCUACGAGUGUCACCGGUUGAAGAACUAUCAUACGGUGAUGGUGGUUCUGUCGGGCCUCACCAAGGCGCACAUCACUCGCCUGAAGAAGUCUUGGGAGCUUGUCGACAACCGAGCGAAGAGCAAGCUCAAGCUGCUGAAUGAGAUCAUGGGCAUGGACUCCAACUACCAGCAGUACCGCCUUGCGCUACGAGAAAUCGUGCCUCCGACACCAAGCGUUCCGUUCCUGGGACUCUUUCUCACCGAUCUCACGUUCCUGGACGAGGGUAACUCCGAGCUGAUGUCAUCCACCGCUUCUUCGUCUUCGUCUUCAUCGUCAUCGUCGACUUCCACGUCAGUGACAUCGCCCUCGUCAAGCGACAACAGCAUACGUACUUCGUCCAAGCGUCGCAGCUUCUUCAAGGUCAAGUCCGACCGGUCGGUUAGGCUCGAAUCCAAGCUCCGAGACUUGAGUGCCAGCCACUCCAAGGAGGACCUCAGCGCCUCGGCCGCGCUGAUCGAAAAGUCGACGACGGCGCUGCCCGACAUGUCGAGUCCAUCGCCCCGCCACAGCGUCCACGGCGGGUCGUCGGCCUCGAACAAGCGCCUGAGCCUGCUCCAUAAGAAGGGCCAGAUCGAAAAGAGCGAAGACAGCGAAAAGCGGCUCUCCAUGAAGUCAGUGAGGUCGCUUUCGGUGUACAUGAAGGGUACCAGCGAAAAGAUGCGCAACCUGCGGGGCAGGAAAUCGACAUCAACCUUCGCCACGAUGGACGAAUCGGAGUUACUUUCCGGGUGGCGAGCCGAAGAGUCCCCGAGGCUCACGCCGGAGGAGCAGGCCGCGGUCCAGGCCUGGAAGCAGCUCGACGCGCGGCCACCGGCCGACUCGUGCAUGCAGGAGAGCGGCGAUAGUUUCGUGGGAGGCCGACGCAGCCGCCGGGCGCACACCAAGCGAAUGCCGCAGGUCUUCGACUGGAAGGAGCUCUCCGAGGCGCUCGUGAAGGAGGAGAAAGAGCUUUCAAGCGCGGUCGACGUCGUCACGACGAGUCCCGCCGACAAGGAGGACACGCCCAGUAGUCCAGUCGACAAGCAGGACGAGGAGGUCGACGCAUCCAAUAAGGCGGAUAAGGCCGGCGUCGAGGAGGAGAUGCUGAUCAACUGGAUGAAGCAGCGGACGAUGGCCAAGGUGCUGCGCGAAUUCCUCAGAUUCCAGAACUGCAGCUAUCCGCUGCCGAAGAAGCGCGGGAAGAUCAUCCGCCGCAAGCUCAAGGGCAAGCUCGACCGCAAGUCGGGCGCCAUUGACCACUCCGAGCUCACCAAGGAGUCCAGCAGCAGUGGCACCACCCUGUUCUCCUCCGGUACGGCGCUUGACUUUGAGGGCUUCGCCGACGACGUGCCCGACGCCGGCAUGGCCGAGCUCGAGGAGAUCCGCGACAUGCUGCGCGAGAUGCGGCUGCCGCCCGACAUCGCCAACGUGCUGGACCUGUCCACCUACCUGCCGGCGUCGGUCAUCCCGCAUGUACCGUUCACCCAGAGCGCCGCCUCCGAGAGCCGCACGCCGCGCGGCUCGUCGUCAACCGGCAACUCGCCGCGGUCGCGGUCGGCCACAUCCCUGAUCUCGCACACUUCGGUCCCCGCCGUCGAGGCCCUCGCGCGCGUGACCGAAGACCAGUUCAAGUCGCCGCGGGCGUCGAUGAUCGCCACCUCGCGCACGCCGCCGUCGCUCUCGCCACGCGGACCCAGCGUCUGCAUCAAGCGUACGACCUCGAUGCCGACCAUCACGGUCACCGAAGAGCCCUCCGCUGCCACACCAGCCAGCCUCAAUCUUGAUCUCACAUCGACGACGCGCACGUUCACGCCGCGCGCUACGCUGGAACAGCACGCGGAGCUGUUCACGAUGAAGAAGCUCAAGCUCGACGACAGCCUCCUGUUCGACCUCUCGCUGUACCUCGAACCGCGCGCCGGCUCGCAGGUCGGCGGGGCGGCCGACAAGAAGGCGCCGGGUCUGUUCGUCAUCUCGUCGCCACAGUCCUCACCGGCAGCGACCUAUCGUGCGCGCAACAAGAUCGACCGCACGAUGGUCGGCGCUGAUUUCGGCGACAUGUUGCCUGUCGUCGAGGAGGUGCCCAGCCAGCAGCCGCCCUCGGCUGACUCUGGCACCACCGGAUGCCGGAUCAAGCACUCGAAGAGCAGCGAGUCUUUAACCCCGACUGCGAGUCCGACUGCCCGUAGAAAGAACGAAAGUGACGACUCUUCGCUGGUGACUGGCAAGGCGUCGCGGGUUGUGAAGAAGGAAGGCCGGCCGCGAUCGAACACGACUAGCAUCCUGCCCGCGGAAGCCUCGGCCUCUGCUGAAGAAUUAGAGCGGCUCAGACACAAAGACGACGCGCCCAAGGCCAAGGAAGCCGCGGGUGAGGACGACGAAGGAGGAAGGGGAGUGGCCAAGAAGGCCAGCAAGGCGCGCAAGCUGUUGAAGAGCAAGAAGAGCAAGGAGCGGCUCGACGCCUGA